UUGACAUGAAUUCAAAUUCAACUACUAUGAUGAAACAAAGUCUAUCUAGCUUGGUUAAAUUCAUAUUAUGAUUUCUUAUAAAUGAAUGAUUUAUCUACUAAGAAAAUUAAAUAAAAACAAUAUCAACAUGGCAUUUUGUCAAGUACAGUGUACGAUUUUAUUAGUGGUUAUAACAUGUUGCACUGCUACAAUAGAUGAAAAACUAUCAAAUAGUGCAUCUAAAUGUCAAUUUGGCAAAUCUAUUAGGAAACAAAUUGAUGUGUUACCAUUAAAUGGUGUAUGUUUAAGAGAUAUGGUUGUCCAUCUAUCCAAAAAUUUACAUAGCCUUAGUAACGAUGAGCUCGGUGUAACAAAGUUUCAGACUAUACUUGAUAAGCUUGACUUUGUUGAUUCUAUUAGUACAUUGAAUUCCAAAUUAAAUGACUUGACAAAGAAUUUAAAUGACAAGUUGAAGAGGUACACAGAUUUGUUGAGAGAUAGUAAUGGUAUAAUUCAACCAAUACUACUUAAACAGAGUCAAGAUAUUUAUUCAUCUGGCCAGCAAAUGGAUAGUACAAAUAGACCUUCAGACAUUUGCUCAAAGAUCACAGAUGCUCUUGCUAUGAAUCUUCGCAAUCAAGAUUGGAAAAAUUUACAUAUUUUACCGGUUAGUCAGCCAGGGACUAUGUGUGGCCCGCCAAGUCUCGCCCACAAUAUUGGUCCUCUGCUACUGGCCCAGUGCAACCGAUCGAAAAACGUUAUUCUACUACUGGAGCACAGCGCAGCCUUCAUGUCCGAAGAGGACGUAACUCUUGCACAGAUUACUGCCAAGACAAUCGUACACAUGCUGUUGGAAACUGACCGCGUAACCGUAGUUGGGCUCGUCGGUGGCGGUUCGAGACUCUGCCCGGAUCAGGGUCUUGCACGUGCCACCGAUAUCCAUAAGAUAAGGCUGGAUCGACACAUUGACUCGCUCAUUCGUUCGACGGCCAAUCAAACCUUCGGUCUAGAUAUCGGCUCGAUCGUCAAGGAUGUCACCGGCGAGGUGCUUCUCAUACAUUUGACCAACGACAUCCGAGACUUAUCCAAUAUAAAUCAUAUCGUUGAAACUAUCAAAAACAAGCAACUGAGCGUACACUCGAGGACGAUUCUGAUACUAUCGAGACAACAACCUCAUGUCAAUAUCAAGGAGUACUCGAUGAAUGGCAGUAUUAUUAUGUUGCCCACCCAGCAUGUUCUUGGUUACGAGAUCGCCAGAUUAUUUACAGGUUUGAAAUGCAAUAAAGACGACGUGAAACCUUAUUACCUCUCGGACCCAUAUUUUGAGCCGUACAGCAAAGCAAUGAUGGUGUCAAUCGGUCAAAUAACCAAUACAGCACUACUCUCUUUUGACGUAAAACUCCGGGAUUUCGUGGAGGAGGUGACAUACUUUGACGCCGGUAACCAGCGGAUGCACGCGUUACUUGUUGACAAAAGAGGGAUGUUAUGGAUGCAUAAGGAUUUUCCACGCAUGGAGACAAUUGUAGAGCAGCCACUCAAAGUCUAUCUUCAUGAUAUCGAGAAUCUUGAUCGCAAGACGAUCGGCAAAAUUGGAAUGGAUGAACAGGCGGAGGGUAUGGCUGAGGUGAAAAGCCUUCUAGGCCUUCGCAAGCAGCUUCAUUGGCGGCAGCUAAACUACCCCGAGCUAAUCGCAUGCUUGGUGGUUAUACAUCCGGACGAAGGUGAGACACGGCAACCCCAGGUGCGUGUGGCACCAGCUCUACCUACCGACAUCCUCCAUCAUAGAUUGGAUCUUGCCUUGGGUCCGAGCGCGCGACGCGAACGCCUUUGCAUUCAUAACAACAAUCGCGUGGCGACUCUCGACACUGGCGUCAUCUACCUCUCUCCAUGGUGUUUUAAGUCGCCCGCAGAACAGGCGAAACAAUUCGAGACUGCGCCCGCCGUUACGGUCCAGAGUUACAUGGCCUACAUAAAAGACGUCACGAGGCUACUUACCAAUCCUGGAAUGCGCGAGAACGUCAAGACGGAUGUCGCCGUGCUCGCCCAGAUACUCGAUCACUUCAAAGAGAGGCAUGCUGACAGUCCCCUCAACAAAUUUAUCGUUCAACGGUACGUGACGUCUGUUGGUAGUGGUGUACUCGAAGUAUAUCCGGGUUUAGUGCUAGAUUCGGACCUCGAUCCGAAGCGUCGCGCUUGGUACACGAAGGCACUUCAGCAGCCGGGUCGUAUUGUCAUGAGCCCGCCUUACUUGGACGCCGGAGGCUCCGGUUUCGUGGUCAGUCUCAGUCAAGUAGUGCAUGAGGGUCGAUCGGUUGGGUUGCACUCGAACACCGAUCCUGUUGUUGCCGUAAUGGCCAUGGAUCUUACGCUCGGAUACUUUUCGCGGAUGCUUGAUUCGAUGUUUCCUCUACUCUGUGCCGAGCCCAACAUCAAGUGCUUCCUCAUGGAUGACCGAGGAUACUUGGUUUUCCAUCCGUCCCUUCUCCAAGCCUCAAGCAAGAUCGAGCAACAACAUUUGACAAAUAAGGAGCUCCUCGUGGCCAACGAUAUACUUAAUCACGAUUUCCUAGUGAAGAAGAAGAUGUGCUCAAGCCACAUGGAUGGCACCACCCAGCGCUAUUACCAAUUUAACAUCUCCCUCGACGAGGUACUCACCAAUAUCGUUCAUGGCGAGCACUGCGUUAUGUAUCAGCUAGCCGUCGUACCUGGAACCAACAUCUUUCUGGGUGUCGUCAAUAUCACGUGCAAUUCCCUUAAUGCUUUCUGCCCCUGCAGCACUAUGGACCGGUCUUGUCUAAACUGCAAGCGAAUGGAGCAAACUGAUUGCGAGUGUCCCUGCGAGUGCUCAUUGUACUCGAGCGAGUGUCAGUUGGAGGAGAGCGUGGGAAGUGACAUCGAGCCAUGUCCAGCGCCCCAGGAGCAGGGCUCGAGCCUCGCCUCACCCUGGAUACAACCGGUUGACACGGGCCUCAAGCUCUGCCAGUCCUUCAGUUGUAAGUCUUACAUCACCUCGACCGAGUGCCUCGGUAUCGCUGGCUGCCAAUGGUGUGAGAUCGACAGCGAUGGAGAGACUAGCCUCCAACAGCCCUAUUGCGCGGAUAUGGCCACAUGCUUCAGAGGCGUGUUCGGUUCACCUAUACCUUACGGCGACGGCAGCUACAACUCGCAAUCAACGGAGGAGAUAAUGUCGAAGGAGUGGCCGUCGGUGGGUCCGGUAGCCGGUGGUAUCCUGGCAUUCGUCCUUGUGCUUGGAGUCGCCCUCUUUUGUUACAGACUACGGUCGGUGCAUACAGGCCUCGAGCAUCAGUGCCUCCACAACCACAAUUCGCCAGACACAUUACGAAUGACGCAUCUCGACUGCGAUGUCGAGCCGGCGGACCUCGAGCGUGAGCCCAAGGCCAGUAUGGAUUCUGCGUUGUUGCGUGAUAUCGUCGCGCCCAUUUCACCUUACCGCGUCUCCACAAAUUAUAGACGACCGCCUGGAGGCGAUAGUGAUCAUGGAUAUAGCACGAUGACGCCUCACGAUGACUCGGAACAGCAGAAUUUUUCAGAACCUUUGCUCGUGUUGGCGGGUAAUGUGUCCGGGAGCGGCAUUGUACCAUCCACAAGUAGCACGAUCCUCGACUCUCCAGCGACCUCGAGUUCAACGACAGGCACGAUCGUGGCGCCGCCGUCACCAACGACGAAUCUCGGCUCGCCUCAUCGCGUUGUUGCUGCUGUUACCGUACAUCGUGACAUGGAGACAAAUUAUUGCUAACCGUUCUACGACUUUUUUUAAAAUGCAGACUCAAAGUUUUAGGAAAAAUUAUGUUUUUCCUUUUGUACUUAAGGCUUAUGCGGGUACCUCUUUACUGUGUAACGAUAGUUGUUGAAUCUUUCGAAUGAGAAAUAUCGAUUUUGAGAUCGAUGUUGUUUGCUAUUUCACGUGGCAUUUGUGGAAAAUUAUUUGAAGGCAGGCUGUGUUUCGACGCUUAUCUUCCAAUGGCUUAACAAAUGAAAAUAUUUCAGAAAAUAGCUAGGAUCAGGUUUUUUGAUUCCUUUGCUUGUCCAAAUAAACUUAGCAUAGAAUCAUUAACUUUUGGAGAUAUUUAAUUCAGAAGCAGAGUCGAUAAAAUAUAUAUUAAUU